AGAGCAGUUUUGGCUGGAAACUGAUGGGAACUCAAGGCCUUGAGAAGACUGAGCUUCCCAAGGGCUAGAGACACUAAGAAAGAUUUGGCUUAAAACCAGCGGCUGGAGCGUGGAAGGACAGGGUGGUUGAAAGGAUCAGGCCAUUGAGGAACCAGCAGAUAAAGAGAAAGACUGGCCGGACUGCAGCGUGAGGAUGGCCGUGACUUUGGAAGAGGCUCCGUGGCUGGGCUGGAUCUUGGUGAAAGCCCUGAUGAGGUUUGCCUUCAUGGUCGCCAACAACCUGGUUGCCAUUCCUUCCUACAUCUGCUACGUGAUUAUCCUGCAGCCGCUGCGCGUGCUGGACAGCAAGCAGUUCUGGUACAUUGAAGGAAUCAUGUACAAAUGGCUUUUAGGAAUGGUGGCUUCCUGGGGAUGGUACGCCGGAUACACAGUAAUGGAAUGGGGGGAAGAUAUUAAAGCAAUUUCAAAAGAUGAAGCAAUGAUGUUGGUGAAUCAUCAGGCUACAGGAGACGUGUGCACACUGAUGAUGUGUCUCCAGGACAAAGGGCUGGUUGUUGCUCAAAUGAUGUGGUUGAUGGAUCAUAUUUUUAAGUACACCAACUUUGGAAUUGUUUCUUUAAUUCACGGAGACUUCUUUAUAAGACAGGGGAGAUCUUAUCGGGACCAGCAGCUGCUGCUGCUCAAGAAGCACCUGGAAAGUAAUUACAGGAGCAGAGAUCGAAAAUGGAUCGUGUUGUUUCCAGAAGGGGGCUUCCUCAGGAAGAGGCGAGAAACCAGUCAGGCGUUUGCCAGGAAGAACAACUUGCCAUUUCUUACACAUGUCACUCUGCCACGGUUUGGUGCAACGAAAAUUAUUUUGAGUGCGCUUGUAGCACGACAGGAAAAUGGAAGUCCAGCAGGAGGAGAUGCUAAAGAAUUAGAGAGCAAAUCAAAAGGCCUCCAGUGGAUAAUAGAUACAACUAUAGCUUAUCCCAAAGCUGAGCCUAUAGACAUUCAAACCUGGAUCCUUGGAUACAGGAAGCCAACAGUCACACAUGUACAUUACAGGAUCUUCCCCAUCAAAGAUGUGCCCUUGGAGACUGAUGAUGACCUUGCCGAUUGGCUCUACCAGCGGUUCAUUGAGAAAGAGGACCUCUUGUCACAUUUUUAUGAAACAGGAGCUUUUCCACCUCCCAAGGGCCAGAAGGAAGCUGUUUCCAGGGAGAUGACCCUCAGCAACAUGUGGAUAUUUCUCAUACAGUCUUUUGCGUUUUUGUCAGGCUAUAUGUGGUACAACAUCAUUCAGUAUUUUUACCACUGCCUAUUUUAAGAAUUGACUUGGACUUGUCAAGGUCACAUAGGAAUUCAGACUUUCAUAAGUGUGCAUUAUUUUACACAUGCAAAUCAGAAUACAUAUAUAUAUACAUAUAUAUAUAUAUAUAAAGCAGAGGAAAUUCAAUGGAUGGAUUAAUAUUUAUCCCCCUUUGGGAUAUUUUAAAACUCUACUAAAAUGAGGAUCGGUAAUAUAAUGACCUGCUAAUAUAUUUUAAGAACUUUUCAUGUUUUAAAAGGAUAUGCUCUACCACGUAUUUAAGCAAACAUCACAUUUGAAGAAAAGGAAAUAAUAAAAUCAUCCUAGAAGACUAUCUGAGAGAAAUACUAUUGCCCCAGACAGACGUGAUAACUUAGUUCAAGCUCACAAAGUUGUAUUCAUCCCCAGUAGCCAGGAGUCCGUGGUAGGGCAGUGUCCCGGGCAUCCCCGUUGCCGCCACUUGUGCUGUGUUGCCAGUGGCACCCUCUGCAGGACUGAGUCCAUCCUCGGCCGCUAACGAGGCGCAGUGUUGCGGGAUUCUCUGUGGGCUGAACACCUGCUGGUACUAGACUGCGCUCUUAAACCGGACCUUGUUUACAUGCACUGGUCCUUCCCCCUGUGGGGAGGGGUUCACCCAACUUCUCUUUUUGUAUAGAAGGCAUAUCACAGAUUGAUCAUUGUAUUUUACAAAAUGCACUGUUAUCGGAUGCAGAUAUAGCAGAAGAUGCAGAGUGUGGCCUGGACAGGGGAGUGCGAGUCUCCCAUCCCACUUGGUGUUGGCCAGAGCUGCUCUGCAGGACUCCGGCCUGCCUCGGCCACCCAGCCUGAUGCCACCCGGCCUGAUGCCAUGCAGCCUGAUGCCACCUGACCUGAUGUCACGCGGCCUGAUGCCACCCGACCUGAUGGCGCAGAGGGUUUUUUUUUUUUUCUUUCCAUCUUGACAUGUUAGCACCAAAUACAUAUGGGGACAAUGGAAACAAAUUAAUGUCCAACAUUUCAAUGAUCGGUUUAGGAGGAAAUAGACUCAUUUCUUAGAAAAAUAAGAGCCAGAGCCAGACACUGGCUUAUUCAUGGUAACAAGUGUGCACACAGCUCCCCCAGAACUGGAGCAGUGUGUGUCCCGUCGCCACAUGAAGGAGCUGCCUCUCAGGGUGGGUGCAGCCAGGAGAGAGACCAGCAGGGAAGGCUUCCCUUUGCUUCUGAAGAGGGCAAAGUCACAAUUGUCGUUCUAGAAAAACCGUCUUUGUUGUUUGUUUCUGUGUUCCUGUGAUGUACCUCCCAGGAGAACCACACUUCUCUACCAGUGCUGGCGCUGCAGCAGGGUGGACGUGACAUUUCCAGGCUCGGGCUCAGAGCCUGCUGAGACCCCAGUGAGCCAGCUGUAGCUUUCUGUGAUGGGAGCAUCCUAGGUUCCCCGGUUGUCACUAACUGCACGGGUAACAAUUCUGAGAAGUAGGCUAUAAAUCAAAACUAAAAGCUAAUGUUUCCUAUUUUUGAAUACACCAAAAAAAAUGGAAAAGAUGUGAAUUUUUCCCCAGUUAUGUGGGAAAGAUAAAGCAACACCAAAUAAAAGCCCACGGCAGCUUCCUCUUUUGGGGAACUCAGUGCUUCUAUAGAGAGAUGAUGUGCUAACUGAAAUACCUCACUGAAUACUGUGCUACCGCUGGCACAGUGCAGGGGACAGUGUCGUGUGUCUGGUUGAGUGUAACGGUGGCUGUAAAAUGCACCCUGUUCAACAUGUAAGCAUUUUGUUAUGUGUUCUCUGGUGACGGUGAAUAAGUGAAGCUCAUCUCCGUUUAGAGGUGUAGAUGAUGAUAAGAAGCCAGGCAGGAGCUUAACAAUGCUUCUGUCCAAGGCCUAGCAAACACCGCUGAACUACAAGAUGAAUUGAAAUUGUUCGCUUGAGAGAUCAGUCAGCCACCUGGGGAAGAAAUUGCUCACCGUGAAGUAUAACAUGCACAUCCCAAGAUGCAGGAAGAUAGGCUUAGUCCUUGCUGCUAAAGCGAGCCACAGGGUCGAGUGGCCAGCUCUCCUGGCCAAAACAACUGCAUUCAUGCACGUGCAGUUGGGGCCCAGGGCCACCUUUGCCAUCGCUCUGCUCCGGAGCAGUGUGAUACCGUUAGGUGCACUGCACACGUGGAAGGAACCUUCCAGCAAGACUCUUUCCUUCUCCAGCAGGGUGCCCUCCCGCAGUCUCUAGAGUGAUGAGCACCGGUGGGUGUGUGAGUUAAUCUUUGAAAGUAGAUUGUGAGUGUAAAUAGCUGCACAUUUCAUCUGCCCUACCCCUCUUUGAUCCUUUAUCAACAUGUUCUCUCUCUUCUGUUUGCAAAGUAUGUUUGUUUGAGCACAUUGCUGGUGCUUUCUGUGUUGGUACCUGGAGUUCACCUGCUUCCACUAAGGAGUAUGAAGAGAGAGUUGGUGUUCUGAAAUAGCCUCGGGGAGCCACCAGAUUGCCACUGUCCAGAACUGAGCAGUUACUCCUAUUUGUGCUUUCUUUGUGAAGUGAGACGACAGGAGGUCUAAGUGAUGCAUGUGUUGUCAAGGAGAAAGAAGAUAAAACCGUGCCAGUUUUCUUCCGGUAGCUUGGAGACUUGCAGCACCUCCUGGUCUUGGUUGUGCUGCCUGGAUUCCCACAGAACACAGGAUUGAAGAAUCCAUUGCUGGAACCCUGGCGUCAGUCAGUCACAGAGAUGGAGCCUGUGGUUGGCCACGGGCAGGUCCAGCAACUUCAGAAGUGACCAGGCUAGCAGUUCACGCUGAACUUCAGGAACAGUUAUUGCUGUUGAAAUAUACAUAUAUUGUAGAGCAACCUACAAGCAAUGAAAGGUAAAUUAAAAUUAGAGCGGAAAUGAUGUUUUGGGUGGGCAAAUUAGCGAAUCUAAAUAGAUUUUUUUAAAAUAUAGUUGUAAGUUUGGAUCUGUAAUAUUAUUAAAUCUUUAAUUUUCCAUGGUAAAGGAAUGAGGGAUUACUGGAUAAUUAAUUAAUGAAUGGAUAAUGAAUCCAGUAAUAAGCCAAGCUGAACCAAAACUCUUUUAUUUUAUUAGGAGUUUGAAUUUGUAUUUUCAUCAAACUUUCUUUACUAAUUAAAAAUACACUGAGUUGUUUAUUAAUUCCUUCUGCCUAUGGAUCUGUGGCUGUUAACAAGCAGGGAAAUGACGCGCAUGUCGGAUAGGCCACUGUCAGAAGAGGAGGCAAGCACCCGAGUACCCUGUAGGCUGGCAAAGCCAUCCCUGCACGGGCCCAGAGCUGCUGGAGUUAAAGCUGCUCUCGAGCCUCUUUGUGGAGUGGAGCCCUGGAUCACCAGCGCCAGCCUCCGAGCACCCUGGGGCGUUGCGCUUGCCCAGCGGCCAGUGUUGUGGAGAAAGCCUCCUGCUCUGCUCCCCAUUGCUCACUUCUUGUGGAUUCGUCUGAGUAAUGUUUUCUGACAAUCACUUCCCGAAAGACUCUCCUGAACUAGUUGGACCUGCUUAUAAACAUAGAAAGUAGUCUUUAAUCAUGGGUAGUCUUCUUGGAUUCUUUUUAUAUUUAAAAAGAAAAUGUUUUGUUUGCACUACUGAAUAGGAAGCAUUCAUUGUUUUCUUCCGUUCUUUUUCUGAAGUCAUUACACAAGACUUCUCUCCAGGGUUACCAUUGCCAGUGUGCUCAGCUCUGGUCCACAAAGGAUGGAUAAAAAUGGUUUGUUCUCGCUCUCUUGUUUUGUUUUGUUUUGUUUUUGCCCUGCAGUGCUGUGAGCCUUACAUCUGUUAACAGAGAAGGCAAAGCCAGGAGCCGCACAGACAGCAGGAGUACUGGCUCAGUUCAGCGUGGGUGGAGACAGAUGUGUUUGGGACCAAAGUCACCUAAGUUGGAAGGUUCUGGGUCACAGAGGGGCCGGUGUACUCUGGAGCAGUCAUUGGUUGGUGCUUUCUUGUAAUCCUUUCGCACCACUCCCCAACAGUUAGGAACUGGACCCUGGGCCCAAGCUGAGGGUGCUGACCUGUUGGGGGAGGGUGACUGUAGCCAUAUGGAAGACAAAAUGGGGGCUUUUCUGCACAAUUUCCAUCUGAGGAUUUUUACAUUUAAUAUUUUUUUAAAACAGUUUAAAGAGCAAACAUUUUUUUUAAGUGUAUCCUAGUUGCAAAGUAUGCCCACAUUUUGAAUGGCUUUAUUUUUCUUGUGUAAAACUGUUGAGCACAUGACUGUGAUGCACAAAUCCUUUCCAUGUGAGGAGUCUAUGCAUUUUACAGCAGCUUAGGUUAUGACCGGGUGAUGAGACAGUUAUACAUUCAGCUGCCAUUAUUUUUGUUAAGUGCUUUCAUUUUCUUUACAGUUAUUACAAAGUUGUAUUUAUUUGAUACAGAUGGAUUUUUGUUUCCUGAUGCUGUAAUGUUUACUUCUUCAGCUUGUUGACUUUUCUUUCUUUGAGGAUCUGCAUGUUGUAAUGUGUGGUAAGGGUGAAUGUAAAGGCUGUGGCAACUGUAAUGGAUUUUUGUAAAGGGCUGGUCACAUGUGGGUCUGGUUUGUGAAUGCAUCGGGGUGAUCUUAGUAACCGGAUCACCUUUUCAGAUAUUUAGUUGUGAACACCAAAAGAAACAUUUUCUCAAUAAAAAUUAAUAGCUGGUUCUAUUUUUUUUUAAACCUAGAGAAAUAAAGUUGAUUUUUUUCAAA